AUGGCAAACAACACUCAAUACGGAGGCGAUCCUCUCCCCGAUGUGGGCGCCACCUAUCCCUCCCAGAACAACCAAUCCAAAUCCGGCGAAGACGACUGGACAAAGCGUCCGCCCUACAGCAUCCGCUCCCCUGAGGAAUUCGGGCCCGUGAAAUGGCGUGGGAAAUGCCAAUGCGGCCAGGUGACUUAUCAAUUAAGCCGGGACCGACCAUUGAAGUCUAAAUUCUGCCACUGUCGGGGCUGUCAAGUGACGCAUGGCGCUCCAUUCCAAUGGGCGGCUAUUUUCCAUAAAUCUGAUCUCGCUUUUACGAAGGGGGCUGAAGGCCUGUCGUUCUACUCCUCCACGAAUGACACCCAGGAGUAUAAGCUUCCGACUAAGGUGUAUUGUUCCUAUUGUCGAUCUCCUAUUAUGGACGAGGGACGGAAUGUCUGCUUGAUGUUUCCGCAGGCCAUCGAGAGCGCUGAUUAUGAUGAACAUCGACAGCACUGGCGCGAGGCGUUUGAACCAGAGUGCCAUAUUUUCUACGGCAAGCGAGUCCUGGAUAUUCCGGAUGGGAAGCCCAAGUGGUCGGGAAUUGAUGAGCAAAGUGAUCUUUUGGAUGAGCAAGGCCUGGCUCUUCUCGCCGCACCGGCGGCAGCCGUCACACAGAUAUCCAACGAUGAAAUGAACAACUUCCUCAGCCAAGGCGCUGUCGAGCUCGCUACCCGUUACGCACCUCUCUGGUUCUUCGGCCAGGCAGUGGACCAACCUCCCUGUUAUCCGACCUGGGCUUUCGGGGGCUCACCCAACUCGUCGGACAUAUACGACGCGGCUCACAAAACACCCGCUGCACCACAGUGCGAGUAUCCAGACGUGGGCUGUGGAUGUCGCAAACCUGGAGUAGCAACAGGGAAUCCUGGUCCUGCAUUUCCCAUCUACUACACGUUCAAGCAGUGCAACGAGACCGAUGUGCGGGUAGUGUAUAACCUGUUCUAUGAGAAGGACGGGGCCGAGGUGCUGGAUCUGAUUGACACUGGCCAUGACUAUGACUGGGAACGAGUUGUCAUCAUCCAUUCACGAAAUGCGAACAACACCUGGCAACCCUCUCGUGCGCUCCUGUCGGCCCAUAGCGGCUACCAUAAUCUUGCAUGGGGCAGCAUCCAUAGCACCCUGACCACAGAGCAAAUCAACGCUGGGGACGCUCGAAAUUCCGAUGGUGUCAAGAAUAAUGACCAUCCAAAGGUGUAUGUGUCAUGGUCGAAGCAUGCACAUUUUGACACCGUCUUGACUACCUGGCUUGAUCCGCUGAGCCAGUCACUCGAUAAUGCGUUUCGCAGCGAUGACUGGUGGCACUUUGUCGAACCGAAGUACUAUAUACGAUCGGAUAACUCGACCGCAGCUGGAAUAGCAUUCAACAUCCCAACUCACAAAACCUCAACAACAAUGUCCUGGUCCCAAAAAACCUUCACCCUGCCAGCCCGCUCACGCGGCAGCUACCUCAUCACGGACCACGUGCUGGAGCAACUCCCCGAGAUCAAGAACUACAAGGUCGGCAUGCUGAACCUGUUCGUGCAGCACACGAGCUGCGCGCUGUCACUGAACGAGAACUGGGAUGAUGAUGUGCGCGCGGAUAUGAGUGAUGCGCUGGAUCGCAUCGCUCCGUAUGAUAAGAAGGGGAAUCUUUAUAGGCAUUCGGCUGAGGGGGAGGAUGAUAUGCCGGCUCAUAUCAAGUCCGCGUUGAUUGGCGCUUCGGUUACGAUUCCUAUUUCUAAUGGUCGCUUGGCUACGGGUACGUGGCAGGGUAUUUGGUACUUGGAGUUUAGGGCCAUGAGACACUCUCGGAAGGUGGUUGCUACGAUUCAGGGUGAGAAGGCUUGA